AUGGAGACCGCGCCCGAGCAGCAAUCAAAAGAGCCAAGCUUGCUGGAGCGGCUCCGCAACUGCUGGGAAUUCGCCUCUCUCAUGCAGUACAUUUUCACCUUUGGAAAGGUGGUCAAGAUCGACGAGGACUUUGGUAUCGAGGAUUUGGAGAUGGAAUGCCUCAAGCCUGGCCCGUCGGAGAAGCUCCUUGAGAUCGGAUUGUGUCUGCUCAAGUUCGUUUCGUCGCAUCGCGGGUUGACGGCGGAAAAUUUCGACGAGUAUACACGGCGUCAGUACAAUGCGAAGGCACCUCAUCUUCCUAACCCCUUCGGAUACGACGAGCAGCCCAAGAGGUUCAUGGAUUUUGACAUCUUUCUGAAGCUCAAAGUGCUACACCAGCUGUCGGUGUGGACGUUUUGGAACCCGGAACGGAUCAGGGAGAAGAUGCCCGAGCAGCGAGAAAUUGAUCAGACACAAUGGCGCAUUGAGGAACUUGGAUACGAUCGCGAGGAUCGCCUUUACUAUGUCUUGGAUGACAACCGACUCUAUCGUCGCACCGAUCCCCCCAUUCCCCCACCUCCCCCUCCGAAGCCAAAGGCGAAUACCAAGAAGGCGAGGGCUGCCGCGAGAGCUGCCAAACGAAGAAAGCUUUCGGAAGCUGCUGAAGCCAAGGAGGAAGAAGCUGAGGAGAAGGGCACCGCACCCGAACAAGAAUCUCACGAAGACACGUCCGGAGGGAUAAAGUGGGAAUGCAUCGCUGUUACGCUUGCUGAUUACCAACGGUUUAUUGACAGCAUCCGCAACACGAGAGACCCCAACGAGAAGAUCUUAAGGGAUCGUCUCAUUCAAGAGGUCCUGCCAGUUAUUGAAAAGAUCGAAGAAGCUCAGCAGCGGAAGAGACAAAAGCAAGAGAAGGAGCUGUUGAAUAUGCAGCUCCUCGCUUCGGCUAAACGGUCUAGCCGGAUUGCUGACCGACUAGAGAGAGAACGACGCGAGAGAGAGGAAGCGGAGGCAGCUCGCAGACGUGAGGCAGAGUUGGCCGCCGCUCGUAAGGAGCAAGAGAGACAGAGAAAGCUGGAGGAAGAACGGCAGCGUCGCCUCAUGACACGCGAACAACGGCUCAAAGAGCGGGAGGAGAAGCGUAAACGGCAUGAAGCAGAGAUGGCCCGGCUGGAAGAGGAACGGAAGAGACUUGAAGCCGGCGAGAGCAGACUCUCGGAGAGACACCUUAAAGCGGAGAUGGAGAGGCAGAAGAAGAGCUUGGAGGAGCUUCAAGAAGAGCACUGGUUCUUUGAUUGUUCCGGUUGUGGCGUUCAUGGAGAGAACCUAGAUGACGGCACUCAUAGUGUCGCUUGCGAGAGAUGCAACGUCUGGCAGCACAGCAAGUGCCUGGGUAUUCCCCAGGACGAGGCGGAAAAAGACGAUUUCCACUUCAUUUGCGCUGACUGUCAACGGCGUGAGGAGGAAGCGAAGCGCCCAAAGCUUCCUCCCCUGAAGUUCCGCAUAGGUUCGUCGGCAUCGCCUUCGGCACCGGCCACGAAUCCAGAUACAGCUAAGGAGGAAAAUCAAAGUCCUGCGAAGAAGGUGUGCAAUGAUGCUAGCGUCGAGGAAGCCAAACCGGCGGCUGGUCCGAGUCUGGAGUCGUCUGUACCGGCUCAACAACCUGAUCCUUCUCCGAACGGUGUCCAAGCUGCGAACCCUCCCCCAUCCCCUCAGCGUCGUGAUCAGCCAGUGAAUGGCAGCUCCGAGCAGUCAUCUGCUCCCUUCGCAGCUCCCCCUUCGCCGUCCAAGGCCGCAGUCGGUCCGGCCUCAUCGCCGUCAAGCCAUCUGCCUAAGUCCAUCGUUAAUCAACAUCAGCCUCAGCGGCCCUCUUCUUCUCAUUCCACCCACAGCCAGGCUGUCCCGUCACCUAUCCAGAACCGUCCGUCUAUGUCGCCGACACAAGGAAACCGGGAUGUCGGACCGUUGGCUGGGUUUCCUCCAUCGGCCUUGUCCAAUGGCUCAGUCAUAUCGACUCCAUUUGGACAACAUCAGGCUCCACGGCCUCAGAAUCCCGGUUUCCCUCCCCUUUCAUCCAGUUUCGAUCGACACCCGUCUUUCUCCUCUGCUGCGUCAGGUGUCAAUGACUCGUUUUCUUAUACUCCUCCGCCUCAGGGAUCUCAGGGCAUGUCGCUGUCUGGGUUGAGUCCCACUAAAAACUCACCCCGGCCGAUGACUUCUGGAAGCGUGGGUAGUGCAUCUGUGCUGCCCCCAAUCCAGAAAUUAGAACCUAGCCCUAAGCUCAUGGGGAGGAGCUCGCCAGACGCUCCCAUUCCCCCGCCAGUCAAGGUGAUGACACCGGAGCAGGAGGAACGAAGACAGAGGGAGAAUGAGAUGAUGGCGCGCGAGGCAGCCAACGGCCAGCCUUCGUCACUACCUCAUUUGACGCCUUGGAACCUGCCUCCAGCCCAGCAACAAUCUCAGUCUGCUGGACAGCACGGCAUCAAUGGUCAUUGA